CGCAAUUAUUGCGAGACGCUAAUAAGAAUUAGGUCAAACGGACUCAAACCGUCAACUAAUAACUUUUAAAAAACUCGCGUCUUUCAGUUGUUGCCUUGAUUAUUAUUCGAACUAAUCCGAGCGGUACUGUAUGUGUUUAAAUUAUGUUUGACUGGAGAGCAAUUUGUGACAAGAUGAAAUAAUUUAUUUCGCUCACUCGUGUGGUUAUCAAGUUGAAAUGCGCGGUUGUUCGCGCAGCGUGUAAACGGCCGUUUCUUUCGUCAUUAGAAGCCACUUGAAAUGUGAAGCGGAAUCUGCAGCUGUUGUGACGAUGUGGAUUUGUGAGUUUACAGCCUAAGUAGCUGUCUGUUGAUGAUGGUGGAAGUUUACUUGGAUGAGAGAUGAUGCGGUGCUUGGUAUUAAUGGUGCAGACCCGAGAGAGAGCCCCAGUUGUGUGACUGUGACGGAUUUCGGCCGCGAGUGUUGAGUAAGCGGAGGAGUGCUGCUUUUAAUUCGCUGGUGCAUUUUGGGCGCAAAUGUUGUUGAUGUGAUCUCUGGCCCGUGAACAUAAGUAAUCAGUCCAUCUCUCGGCUAUGGGCUUUUUAUUUUUAUUUCUCAACUUACCGGAAGGCCAAGUGGGCAGACUACUGCUGGCAAAAAUGCAAUCGCAUAUGAUUCACUUGGUCGCCUUGUAAACACUGACCAAAUUAUUACGGAUUUGGCUGGAUCUGCGUAUUUAGCUACGCUUCCCGUGUGAUACGAUGGAUAAUUCAUCGAGCACUGUUUCCGUUUAUGGCAUCAUUGGUGGAUGUUUCUUGUGUGUGAUUCUCAUGGGUGGAAUGCUGUUUCUCUGUGUGGGAUUCAAGCGCAAACAAAAAAAGGGUUUCGGUCUUCAUGAACCGGUACGACUGCUGUUUAAACACGACCGCUCCCUGUAUUCGGAGCCGACUGUCAGUCAGGGAAGUAGUAACGGACAUAUUAAUCCGGAAACAGCGCACCGCCUCGGUGUCCGCACCCACUCUCCGACGUGGCGAAAUUCAUCUCUUAGUCGUGAACUUCCGGCGAUUCCCGAUGGGAAUGUAGCCAGGGCGCUGGGUCAGCUGACCAGCUACGAGAGCGCCUCCAAUCUGUAUGCUUGUCUGGAUGACGUGCGGGUGGGGCAUGACGAUGACCACGGUAAUAGCAUCCGCUCACCGACCGAUCCGCAGUCAUCUGGAUCGUCGGCUGAAACGGGCUUCCAGGCACCGAAUGGACAGCGUAGAAUCCACCCAUAUGAUCGAAUUGGCGCUCCUUCUGUCCAAGCGACUGUGCCUUCUGUAGCACAAGCGCCUCCCGUAACCGGUAACGCACGAUCUGUCCCAUCAACGCACAAUCACGCACAGAUUCUUCAGCAGAUGGACAAUGAUGCGGCGAUGGCGGAUUAUCGCGGCGAAGCACGCUCGGAUAUGUCGUACACCAGCAUCACGGUGCGCGCUCCUCUGUCGAAUCUCCGUACCAGACGCUCCGUUGAAGACGGGUACAGUAAUGUACCCGGCUCUGAGAGUCAUCUCUAUGCUCAGGUGGGUGGUGAGUACGGCGGUUCCGUCGCAUCCGGUGAACUGGGUUCGCACAUCUACAAUGAAUUAUACGCGGAGAUCGACGGGCGGAUCGGCGGUCUCCCCAUGUCUUCUUCCCCGCCGAUGAUUGAUCCCUACGCGACCAGUGCCGGCCGUCAUCCACCUCCCGACGAUGAACCGGUGCCCUCGACAAGCCGCGGCCCGGAUGCCGAUGUGGACAAAUUGUACGCCAAGAUACACAAGCCCAGUAGCAGUGGACAAAAGAAGUCUUUUUCAGAUCCGGAGCACCAGCGGACGGCGGUGGGGAAUGGGCGACCGCGGCGGAGGGAGUCAGCGCCGCUGGGCAUCGCCCGUUAUGAUAGCGACAAGAGGAUGUCGGAGCCGGUGUAUGAGAACGGUGGGAUGGUGGGGCGGAGGGAUCCGUCGUCGCUGUAUGAUAUGCGGGCGGCGUUAAACGUGGCCAUUGAUGGGAUGGAUGCCAGUGUCAGUGAAUUUGUGCAGGAUGCCAAUGAGGACCGCAGCUAUCGGAAGGAACAUUUGUACGAGCAGCUGCCGGAUGUCUGAACCUUGUUGUGCCGUUAUUUUGCUGUUGUACAUGUCUUUUAUAAAUUUCUACUGAUUUUAUUGUUUGUACUUCGACUUUUACUGAAUUACUAAUCCAUGUCAGUGUCCCUGUAUGCUGAUUAAAGACAAAUUGAUACACAAAUGUCACUUUGUAUGUACUGGAUAUGAACAAGACUUGUCUUUAGACAAAUUAUGAAUUGUGACCAUGCCA